AUGAUGUCAAUCUCAUCAGUCAACUCAAAAUGUAUGCUUAAUCCCAUUUAUGCUGAACAAUGGGCGCAACGAUGGAAUGGAGAAUUGUCACCAGAAUUAUUCACCGAAUCUGAAAUGAGGCUCAUUUCACCCCCGAGAUAUUCGAGUAUGUCUCCAAUGCACGAAGACCUUUCACAAGCAAGGGUAGCUGACGAGGAACGUGGUAUCGAUGAAUUUUUAACACAGGCAACAUGGGCACCAGCUCGGAAAACAAAACCAUUGCCUAUUGAUGAUUCUGGCAGUCUACCGACGACGAUCAUAGACCCUCUUCCCGUAUCGUUUGAUUCAAACAAUUUUGCACAGCCCCCCUCGUGGUAUACAGCGCCGCAAUAUAUUGAAUCUUCACCAACGAGCCCCGCAGUUGAUGAGAACGACGGUCCGACGUCUUUCAACCACUCGCCAUCUAUUCUCGACUUCACAGGCGGCGAGCCCACGAAAAAAUUAAAUAAGCGGAACGCUAAACGCAAACUGUUUGAAUAA